UGUGUGUGUCGUUGCUAUUGUUUCGCGGGUGGAGGAUACUACAUUCUGCGCGAAAGCGUACGGCAUUGUGUUUAGUCUGACCCUGGCGCUGGUGUUCGAGUGUUACAGUGGUUGCUCUUCUUUGCAGCGUUGAUCCAAACACUAUCGCAGGAAGGAAAACAAGUCCCUUGUAGUGUGUUUUCAUCCGCCGAUGGCGCAGUGUACUGUGUGUGCAUAGUAAAAACAUACCUUCGCUGUGCAGUGAAGACAAACCAAAAGUACCCAAAGUGAUUGCGUGAAACUUCUUCUGUGAAGAAAGUGUUUUAAUCAUUGUACAAUAAUCACAACCUACUCGUCUUCGAGUGAUUUCCCAGAGCUAGUAGUUGUUAGUCGGUGUUACUAGCAUUGUCCACCCAGCUGGGUGGUUAGUGUGUGCAGUUUUCCUUCAGUGACGAGUGGCUAUAGCAUCCCGAAAUCAACAUAACAAACCGACAACCACCGACGGAACAGGAACGAGCACGGUUGUCACAAUGGCCGACGACGAGAUUCUGUUCGAUGACGUCUACGAACUGUGCGAGGUGAUUGGGAGGGGUCCGUUCUCAAUUGUACGCCGAUGCAUCCACCGGGAGUCGAAUCAGCAGUUUGCGGUUAAGAUUGUGGAUGUAGCGAAGUUCACUGCAAGCCCCGGUCUCAGCACAUCUGACUUGAAACGCGAGGCAACAAUAUGUCACAUGUUGAAACAUCCACACAUUGUCGAGCUACUGGAAACGUACAGCUCCGAGGGAAUGUUGUACAUGGUGUUCGAAUACAUGGAAGGAUCGGAUAUUUGCUUCGAAGUGGUACGCCGGGCCGUGGCAGGCUUUGUUUAUAGUGAAGCUGUAGCAUGCCACUACAUGCGUCAAAUACUGGAGGCAUUGCGCUACUGCCACGAGAACGAUAUCAUUCAUCGCGAUGUCCGGCCGGCCUGCGCGCUGCUGGCCACCGCAGAUAACUCGGCACCCGUCAAGCUUGGUGGCUUCGGUUCGGCGGUUCAGCUUCCCAGCGGACGGGAUUCGGUGGAGACGCACGAAUCGGUCGAUUCCCGUCGUUCGUUUUUGAGUCCGAGAGGAAAACUGUACCUGAAGUCAGAUGGCGAGGGGCGAGUCGGAUGCCCUCACUAUAUGGCCCCGGAGGUGGUGGCACGGCGAGUCUACGGAAAACCCUGCGACGUGUGGGGCGCUGGGGUGAUGCUGCACGUGCUGUUAUCGGGUCGUUUACCUUUCCACGGUUCCGGCAAACGCUUGCAGGAAGCAAUCGCCAGGGGACGUGUAACGCUCGAUACCGCGGAGUGGAAACACGUCUCGAGCAACGCCAAAGACCUCGUGCUUAAGAUGCUGGCGCCCAAUCCCAUCAGUCGACCGACAAUAACGGAAAUUCUAGAGCAUCCCUGGAUACGGGACCGCGAUAAACUGCAGCGCAUCCAUCUGGGUGACACGGUCGAGGAAUUGAAGCGCUACAAUGCACGCCGCAAGCUGAAAGCCGCUGUGCAAACUGUGGCCGGUGGCGUUGCGAUGGAUCCGCUUUGCUGUGCUGACACCGACUCAAUGGCGAUCGGCACCGCAUCGGAAAGCCUCAACGAGUGGGCCGACGAGGAAGCGGGCCUGGAGGCGAUCCAGAAAAUUCUUGACUCACUAGACGAUAUCAUUGCUUUGCAAGAUGCCAACUGCGAUCCGGAUGUGCUGGCCGGCAUGCUGCGCGACGUUAAGUUGCACGAACUGCUGCAGCUGUUCGAUAGAAUCAGUAGUUCUGUUAUCAAUCCGUCACGCGCUCCACCUGGGGAUGCGAUCAGCCGCUGCCGGGACGCAAUCGAUGCCAUCUCGUCGACGGCGGGACACAAGUACACACGCGAGAAGACGGAACUGAUCAAUCUACUGGGAUCACCUCACAUUCAGGCUCUAUUACACACGCAUGACGUGGUAGCUAGGGAAGUAUACGGUGAAGAAGCGCUACGUGUAACACCACCACCGAUCGCACCCUACCUGAACGGAGGAAACGAUGAAAUUGACAACGGUGACGCCGGAGAGCUCCAGCACGUCACACGCGUCCGGCUGGUGCAGUUCCAGAAGAACACCGACGAGCCGAUGGGUAUCACGUUGAAAAUGACCGAGGACGGCCGGUGCAUUGUGGCCCGGAUCAUGCACGGUGGCAUGAUCCAUCGGCAGGCCACGCUGCACGUCGGCGACGAGAUCCGGGAAAUCAACGGCCAGCCAGUGCAGCAUCAAACAGUUAGUCAAUUACAGCGAUUGCUGCGGGACGCUCGCGGUUCUGUUACUUUUAAAAUAGUUCCUUCAUAUAGAAGUGCCCCACCGCCGGUUGAGCUAUUCAGGAUAAGACCAGCACCGGUUUUAAUUUUCGUUCGAGCACAGUUCGACUACGACCCGCUGGACGACGAGCUGAUACCGUGUGCGCAGGCCGGGAUAGCUUUUCGCGUCGGUGAUAUACUACAGAUUAUUAGCAAAGACGAUCAUCAUUGGUGGCAGGCCAGGCAUGACACUGCUGGAGGUUCCGCUGGCUUGAUACCUUCACCAGAGCUUCAGGAAUGGCGCAUCGCUUGCCAAUCGGCGGACAAAUCCCACAAAGAACAAGUUAAUUGCUCAAUAUUUAGUCGUAAAAAGAAACAAUGUCGGGAUAAGUAUUUGGCAAAGCACAAUGCAGUCUUCGAUCAGCUGGACCUGGUGACCUACGAGGAAGUUGUCAAAGUGCCAAUCGGCGAUCCAGCGUUUCAACGGCGUACACUGGUGUUGCUCGGUGCGCACGGCGUAGGAAGACGUCAUAUCAAAAACACGCUCAUCGCCAAAUAUCCGGAUAAAUACGCUUAUCCAAUACCACAUACCACCAGACCACCACGGCCGGAUGAGGAGAACGGGCGAAGCUACUACUUCAUAUCACACGAUGAAAUGAUGGCGGAUAUCUCGGCCAACGAGUACCUCGAGUACGGCACGCACGAGGAUGCGAUGUACGGCACCAAGCUGGAGACGAUACGACGCAUCCACGCCGAUGGCAAGAUGGCAAUACUGGACGUGGAACCACAGGCCUUAAAAAUACUUCGAACAGCCGAAUUUACGCCGUACGUUGUGUUCAUUGCAGCGCCACUGCUGCAAAACAUCGCUGACUACGAUGGUAGUCUCGAGCGUCUCGCCAAAGAGUCCGACAUGCUACGUCAGGCGUACGGUCACUUCUUCGAUCUGACCAUCGUCAACAACGACAUCGGCGAGACGAUAGCAACGCUGGAGAACGCCAUAGACAAGGUGCAUUCUACCGCCCAAUGGGUGCCGGUGUCCUGGCUGUACUGACAAGAUAGUGAGCUAGAAUGUCCAGCCUGUUUGGAAGACGAAUGCGAUUGCGAUUGCGACUGCGAGUUGGAUCUGAAGUGAGGGGGGCACGCUGCAUGAAGGGCAUACUGCACCGACUCCCUGGGUGCACUGCAAUCAAAGACGUCGGAAAAAUAACCACCUCGGUGACACAACACUUUAUUGAGCAGUGGAGCGGUUCAGGACGUCAUGUCUUGUACCGACGGACGUAUCCCGUGGCCACACAUUGGUUGACAUGAAAAUAGCAUGAAUAAAGGUGCAGUAGCAAUUAGAAGGAAACAAAUCAAACCAAACAAAACAAAACAUAAACCACAACGUACCACAAUGUAAGUGUCGUUAUUUAUGAGAGGGAAUGUGGCUAAUGUACGCAGCGAUACGUUGUUUUUCAUACCAAAUCUUCCAAUAAUCAAAUUCGAUUCAAUAGACAACGUUAAACGGGUGCGAACAGUGGAAACCCAACUCCCCAUUCUUCGGUUCCGUUGUGAAAUUUAUUUUAAGUAAUUUUUCUAAAGUUGUUACAAAGUACAUCACAGCAAUUAUGAUCAGGCACACCACCCAGUUCGAAACGUUGGGUCGAAUAAAACGCCCCAAAAUCUGCUGAUCGCUAAUGUUUUUAAAUUUGCAACAACCACCAUUGUUGCGGUCUACCACAUUUGCUCCAAGUUUCGUCUGAUGUGUUAUGUGUUUCAACAUAACCUUCGCUACUUCUUCUAGCGUAAAGUGUAGCUCAUUGUCGGAUCGUAAUAUUACGAAAUUGAUCGAAACCAUCACACUUGGAAGCUGCCCAAACUUAUCGGUAGCCAAAAUGCAAGAGAAAACCAAAAAAAAAAGAACAAAAAAACACAUUCAAACGAAGUGAUAGAAAACAGAAACAUUCACACAAAACAUACGCGACAGUGUGCGCAUUAUUAUAAAGAUAAUAACUAAAGCCCGAAAUAACUAGAACUCUUUUUAAAAGAACUAACGCAACAAAGAGUAAACAUUGAGAGAAAAAACCAACAAGUUACAAAACAGAAAAACAACAAACUAAACAAAAAAAAACGAUUACUGGAAUACGAACAAAACAAGCGAAGGAAAUAUUAGUUAGAUUUAAUCUUAACCAAAAUAAACUGAAAAUGAAAAAAGAAAAACAAAUGUUAACAUAAUUCAUAAUAAUAAUUAUAAUAACGCUAAUAAUAAUGAUGAAUGAAAAUAAAUCAAGAGUAUUGCAAUUCAAAGAGUAAAAACAAAACAAAACGAAAGUAGAAACACAAAAUGAUGAGAAACAUAUAGGCGAGAAGUAUUACGUUAAAAUUGGGUGUAGAAAAUGGUAACAUACAAUUAUGUGUUUUUCAUGUGUUUUGUUUUCUAGUAAUUCUGAAAGAAAAAUUAACAAAACCCCGGCUAGGCUUGGUGGUUACGGUAGGGGUUUCGUGGGUGGGUUAAACAUGUUAUUUCAGGGGAAAAAGCGAAAGCAGUUGUUUCAGCCGGGUGAAAUAGUAACAACCGACACAAACCGCAGAUUGAUAUAAAUAUAACAAAAAUUAGGAAUCACUCAAAUGCUAGCAUGAACAUAUGCCCAUGUUUAUCGGUUUGCAUUCGGGUGGUAAGAGAUCAGCAUUAAGGAAACCAACUGGUUUAAACAUAAUAAGCAAGUGAAGGUGUUUGUUAAGAUUCAUUCUUGGAUAGAGCCGAACUUUGAGAAACAAAGAACAAAACAGUACGUAACAAGUGAAUGAAAAUUAAUGCAAGUCUUACGCACUUUUACAGGACAGUUUGAUCAUUAUAGCGCCCAACAGAGAACGGAGGCAGAGUUUUGAAGUUGUUUUUUAUUGUUAACAUAAUCUGUAAAUGGUUUUGCAGUCUAUCGAAAAUCUAUGACCAUAUCCUUUUUUCCAACUCCGACUAUUCAUUUAAUGUAGUUUUGUUUUGAUUUUUUUUCUAUUUUGAUAAAUUUUGCUUUAUUGUCAUUAAUUUGUCCUAAUCAGACCAUGUAGCCUGUUUCAAUUGACAAUUCAAAAUACUAUACAAAAUAAACACAGGCAAAAACGUACGAUUAUAAAAAAAAACCUGAUGCAAAAUUGUGAAGAACAGAAAACUAAUUGUACUAAGUAAACAUUAUGUAGUAUGAAAUGUACUACCAGGAGCAAUGUGUUAAUUAAAUUUCUUUUAUCCGUACAGUACAACAAGAAUAACAAAAGUUGUUGCUGAAACAGAAUUUUCAAUGCUUCAGAAAAAAACCAAAACAAUCGUGGAUCGAUAAAAGCCCUUUACACAUACUAAAACAGGAAUGUUUUAUGAAAUCAAUCCUGCAUCAAUCAAAAAGAGUGACUCGGUCGCUAACCCUACCUGUUUUAACAUUUGAGCUAUCCAGUACUACAUGCAUACAAUAUGAAAGGAAAACAAUCGAGAAACGAAAAUAGUAGAACAAAUCGAAGCACAACAGUCGUGCUGCUGCGUGGAACCGAAGAGCUUCUCUUUAUGAGUGUAUAAUGAAAACGUGGAUUUCGCUACAACAAUGAACGGUUUGAUAGUUUUUUUUUAUUUUAAAGAGCAUAACAACAACAUGGCUUCACGGUGUGGUGCAUUCAUUGAGCAAGAGAUGUGAAAACAAACAAAAAAUAAACGAACGUAAUCGUUUGAAAAACCAAAUACAUUAUCCAAGAGAUUGAAAUCCGGAAGGUGGAAAAUCAAAUAUAUUGCACCUAGUGGCAAUUUUGGCACAACAGAUAGUUUAUGCAGAUGGCGUUAAUCGAACACUACGCACAACAAAGCUAUCAGCAAACUUGCAGAUCUCACCAACACGCUACUUAUAAUAGCAACUGCACACAGUACAUGCCAACCGGGAACACCGCAUAAGCUGACAAGAUACACGUGAGUUCACAAACCAAAAGCAAUUUUUAAAAAUACAAAAAAAUACAUUGUAUCUCUCUCCUAGAUACACAUACACACACAGACACACUCACAUACAGUCAAACACAUUUAUAUUUAUGGAAAACUUUGAUAGAAACCAAACAAGCAGAGCAUAUUUAGUCAUUCAAAAUUAUUGAGCAUAGAUUUCUUUUUCUGGAGUUUCAUAAAUUAGUAACGAAAAACUACACUAUACUUGACAUCUAAGAAGCAUAAUAGCAACAAAUAUUGAAAGAGACAAAAAAGAACACUCACACACAAAUGUCAUAACCAGUUACCUUGGCAUUUACUACCAAAAAAAAGCAAAAGGAGUGACGACGUAUAUAAACACUAAAACAAAUUAAACUUUGAAAAAGGGUUCGUUCUGUUAACCGACACGGCUCUCGGACGGCAGUAAUCUUCCGCGUGAAACUUGUAUACAAUAAAGAGAAGUUUUAAAUUUAUAACAAUGAUCGGUGACUAGGGGCAGAGCUACUGAAAUCCCAUGCAACACUCUCCCAGAAAAAAAAAAACACAGUCUAAACAAACACUAAACCAAGAAACUAAUAAUUCAAAACUAAAAACCGAAACCCGCUACAA